GCGAAAGAAGUGCCAGCACACUCCGAAGCGUGUACGACAGCACACCGUCAUCCGUCGUGGCGUAUCCGGAACAUGGUUCCCGCGAGCGAAAGCAAGCGCAAAUGAAGCAAAGCAAGCGUGAAAAAGUAUUUUUUUCAUGUUUUGGUGGUUGGUUUCGCUUUUUUCGGCGAGAAUAGUUUAGUUUUGUCGAGCGUGAAUAAGUGAUUAAACACACAUCUUUCUCGCGCACGGGUCCGUAGCGGGAAAACCGGCCCUUACCCAUAUAAAAGCACACACAAACACACACACACACACGCGCGCAUACAUACACAACAACGUAGAGUGCACCAUCAACAGCCGCCAGUAACAGUACCAGAGGCAUCACGACGCAUCCCUCAGGCAACGACGUGUAUCAUCACCACCAUCCUCAUCCGCACCGGGGCGCACGGAAUCGCAACAGUGAAGGUAGCACCACUAGUAGCGGCGCCGGGGGCAGGAAAAUGCAUCCAUCGAAGAAGAUGAUGCCGGCAGAACUUGAUGAUCAUGAGAAGGGCAAGCUGUUCGUUGGCGGACUGUCCUGGGAGACGAGCCACGAGAACUUGCAGCGCUACUUCAGCCGGUACGGCGAGGUUAUCGAUUGUGUGGUGAUGAAGAACAACGAGACGGGACGUUCGCGCGGCUUCGGCUUCGUGACCUUCGCCGAUCCGGAGAACGUCGAGCGGGCGCUCGAGAACGGUCCGCACACGCUGGACGGCCGUACGAUCGAUCCGAAACCGUGCAAUCCGCGCUCGCAGCACAAGCCGAAGCGGACCGGCGGUUACCCGAAGGUGUUCCUCGGCGGAUUGCCGCCCAACAUCACCGAGACGGAUCUGCGCUCGUUCUUCUGUCGCUAUGGCAACGUGAUGGAGGUGGUGAUCAUGUACGAUCAGGAGAAGAAGAAAUCGCGCGGCUUCGGUUUUCUGUCGUUUGAAAGCGAGAGUGCGGUCGAGCGGGCAACCGCGGACCAUUUCGUGCACAUCAGCGGCAAGCAGGUGGAGGUGAAGAAGGCCGAACCGCGUGAUGGCAACCAGAACAAUAGCAACAGCAUGAACGCGGACUCGUACCAGUGGGGUUCGCCGCAGGCACCGCCGAUGGGCAAUGGCCAGAUGGGUGGACCGCCGAUCAACAUGCAGUCCAACAUGAUCCCUGGCUACCAGAGCUGGGGAACGUCGCAACCGCAGCAGGGUUACGCUGGGUAUGGUGCCGGUGCAGCCGGCGCUGCCAACGCGUACCAGAACUGGGGUGCACCGCCACCACCGCAGCAGUGGGGCAACUAUAAUGCGACGCCGCAGCAAACCCAGGGCUACGGUGCGUACGAAAUGUACAACAACUCGGGCGCCGGAAGUGCCGGUGGCUAUGGUUCGAGCAACUGGAACUCGUGGAACAUGCCACCGAACACGGCCGGUUCAGCUACCGGGUCUACCGCGGACAUGUACUCGCGUCCUCAGUCGGGACCGACGGCCGGUCCGGGUGCUUCGGCGGGUCCUACCAGCGGUGGUCCAUCGAAGCCGGGCUCGGAGUAUGGCGGCGGUUCGGCCGCGUACGGUGGUGGAGCCGCUGCCGCAGCUGCUGCUGCAGCGACCGGUUACAACUACUACCAGAACGAUCAGAACACGUACAACAAUCGGCCGCGUUCGGUGUACGGUGCCGGCAGUGAUGCCACCUCGCAGCCGCCUUACCAAGCGUUCUAAGCUGGACCACAACAGCGGUUUGGUGUGGCUGAUGCUGGUGUUAGUUUGGCGGCGCAUUGCAGCACUGCUGCGUGCCCAGUCGAAUCGAAACAACAGGCAUCAGAACUCGAUCGCGGUUAGCGUUUUGUGUAGCUGCGCAAGAAGGGAAAUGAUGAUGAUAUAUGGAACACAUUUACGAUUCGAAUGGAAUGAAACAUUAGCAGCAGUUACACAUAUAAAAUAGUAGCGUCAGCAGCAGCAACAAAAUUAUGAAUCGGUACACACACACACACAUUAUGAAUCGGUGCGACGAUGCACAGUCGAUCGAAGUAUCGGAAUUCCAUCGGAAUUUAGCAGAAGUAAGAAUUUUAUGCGCAGAUAAGCAGAUGACGAUGAAGAUGGAAUUUUGAUGGUUUGUUUUGUAAACUACUGUCGCCAUUCAAAGCUCACACAAAACCAACUUAAAGAAGAAGAAAAAAAAAGUACACCACCACAAUAGGGAAAGAGAGAGAGAUAGAGAGAGAGAGAGAAACACAUCGUAUUUUCUCGUUCAAUUAUAAGCGAAGCAAACACUACCGGAAAGCUACUAAAAGCGCGAAAAAAUGGAGUAAAACACACAAGCUCUACAUUAUAAAUAAUUAUAUAUACAUAUAACAAAAUGGAAAGGUAAACAGCAUAUAUAAACAAGAUGAGGGAUUCUAAUAAGAUGAUGAUGAAGAAGAAGAAAAACACACACGGAUGCUUAGCAAAGAUUAUAAGAGUAACACUAGUACUAUACAGAAACAAAACACAUCCAUAUAUAUACAUAUAAAUGUUCACAAAUAUCCUCCCCAUAAAAAAAUGCCGUAAAUGGAAGUAAGGAAGGAUAAGUAGAGAUGGUAAAGCGAAGCUAUAAAGCACGAGAGAGGAAAGUAGAGAGAAAGAGAGAGAGAGAGAGAGAGUUACUAACUAUAAUUUUUUGCCGACUUUAGAAUGGAUGAGGAAGCAAACAAAACACAAAUUCAUGUUUAAGUAGUUUACAAGGAACGAAAGGGAAAGAAGGUUAGAAAUGAAGGUAAAACUUUAAACACAAAAUAUAUAAAUACACACACGACGCAUUAGGAGGUAGUGACAAAGUAAUGGGGAAGGAAAAAAAAACAAACAAGGCUAGAUAGAGUAAUGUUUUUUUGUGGGAUGUGAAAUAUACUAUAAAAUCUUUCGAAUGCUAAACAUGAAACAUAGACACACACACACACACAACACACCGUGAGAUUGGAUUAGGUAGGGAGAUGAAUUUUGGUUUCCAUUGUAGAAUGUUUCCUGUUCUGAUGGAAAUAGUAACGGAAAAUGUAUUAAAUUAACUAGUUCUUUUUUUAUUGUUUUAAUUUUCGAUCGAGGGUGGGUGUGUGCGAACCGGCGUUGCGGUGAAACACGAGUUCUUCUAAUAACUCGCCCGACAUUGAGUGUGUGGGAGUGUCGUGAUAUAGAAAGCACAUAAGUUAGUUGGAUUUUUUUAAACAUAGUAAUUUUGCAAAAUAGAAAACACAGACGAACGUCAAUCGUAAUUGAGUGUGAAAAACUGUUAUUGGAUUUAAUUACGUUUUUCCUUUUUAAAUACCUACCACCAAGCAGAGAACGAGCGAGUUUAGGGAACGCAAGGAUAAGGCAGCGUUGUGUGUGUAUAGAAAAGCUAGAGUUUUUUUUUUAUUUUGGGGAAAAUAUGUAUGAGACGAGAAGUGUACCAAAAGUGUAUCCGGUUUUUGAACACGACACAGAGAUUUUUGUUGAAACAAAGCUUUUGCAAAACAAAAACUAAACAGCUCAUUUUUUUUUAAAUAGAAAAGAGUAGUAAAACCUGACUCAUUCGGAGGAUGAUACGGUAGCUUGAAAACUACACGAUAGCCGUUUUGUGUUUUAUGGGUAAAGGCGAAUGAAAUUGUACGUGAAAUGUUUGCAACCUGUUUUCUUUCCAUUCGUUUAUAGUUGUAGUGUUUUCUUCUUUUUUUUUAAUUCUUACACCGUUCCAUAAAAGUUUAUUUACUUUAAUUUACGGCCUAUAUGAUAAUGAUAGCUUCUUCCUGAUUUGAACUGUUUGCUAACGUAAACACACACACGCACCACUGUAGCGCGCCCCUAUCGUAAUGUACCCACGGCAGAGCUUCCACGAGAUUUGUAAUAUGUAAAAACAAAAGAAGAAAAACCAACAGUACCACGUUUUCUUUUGCGUAUAUGUGUUAGUUCCUUUCGGUAUGUGUAAAGCCAAGUGUGUGCGGUAAUCAUCGCUUUGCUUGCUACAACUUCUUUUCCCGUUUGAUUAAUGUGUGGUGUAAGAGCAGAUUGGUUUUCCCCCCUCUCCUUUACGUUUACGAUGGGUAGCACACGCGAAAGAUAUGGUUUUGAUAAGAGACAACGCGCUGGUUUAGAUACAUAGUUACAUAUAUAGUUGGCAUGACUUGGGCUAAUCGAACUGGAAGAUGCGCAAGAUUAGGUUCUUUUUUCAUUGCCCGUAAGUUAACCCGGAAGCGGGAAAAAACCCUGGAGGUUUGUUUGACGCCUGACAGGGGUUCAGUUUGGUUCAUUUUAUUCCUGUUUUUUCGGUUUCUUUUUUUUUUAAAGCUAGGUAAACGUUGCAAGUAAAAAAGAAGAAGGGUACAUGUAAUAAUAUUUAAAACAGAAAGUGCGAUAAAUGCUAAGUAAAUCCUCUGAUUUUUUACGCCUCCUGCCAAUACUAUCACCCAGGUUUAAAAAGUGUACGAUUAAGAUUAGAUGGAAAUGUGCAGGAUAAAUAUAGAUAGAGAGAGAGAGAAAGAGAGAGACAUCGAGAUAAUAUAAUAGCCAUUAAUUUCAAGCGUCUAGAGCAACCACACAUACACAGGAAGCGCCUUAUUUUUUGUUUUGUUUUUUAAAUGAUAGUCAAACAUUUGGUUAACUUUCGAGCAUAAGAAAUAUAGUAUUUUUCUGUUUUAAUUUUUCGCGUAGCCUUCGGAUAAAACACGAAGCUACUUAAUUAAGCGUGUGUACCGCGUGUACACACUUACAACACUGUACAUUUGAGACAAUUCCCAGCCCACCACGGACCGGAAAAUGGUGCCCGUUUUGUAUGUAAUUAUAACGCCGGGUGCGCAGGAUUGCUUAUCCCGUGCACUAAGAGCACAUAUGCUUUUAUUCCCAUUUUCCAUUCCUUUUCCCUUGUUCGUAGCCUUGCGUAACACGCUCAGCCACCUAGUUCCCGCCCCCCCGUAAACUUACGUAGGUUUUGCCAAGUUUUCGAUUAAGCGAUUCGUUUUAAACAAUGUAUCAAUAUUAGCUAACAACAAAAAAGAAACACUACAAACAAAACGUUUAACAUCUAAGGGAAGCGUGAAAAAAACGUAUAAAAAAAUUAAAACAUCUUUUUUAAAAAGAACGAAACGGACUCUACACGCAGGAGAACACCACUUACGAUAAGAUACACGCGUGCGCCUAUCGUGCGUUUUAAGAACGAGAACUGAUAUUUGUGUAACUUUUUAGAAGAAAAUCAAUCAAGAAGCAAACACCGAAACGGGAGAGUGGAAACCACUAACGGACCCGAAGGUUCACGAUUAUUUUAUUAGACUUACGCACGGUUAAUAGCUGGUAAAUCGCACACGAAGUUAAUGCAAAGCUUGGAAAAGCGCCACCAAAUGCGCGUACAGAACAAAAACAGAACGGUAUCCGUCACCACGAACCACCACCACCAUUGUGCACAGGGUUUUCGGUUUGGAUCUUUUAAUGCUAUCUUCUAUCGAUGGAAAAGCAGUCAAAAGCUAGGAAUGAAAAACAAGCAGAGCAAGUAUAGCAGCAAAACGCUUUAAAGACACACAACCUGUAGGCAGAGUAGAAAUCGGGAGGAAGAAAACGAACUGUAUGAAUUUAUUCUUUUGUAAGUUUACGCUCGUUGUAAGAUUUGUCCAUCGGUUUGUAAGCGGGAAGACCGUGGGGGAAAUACGUAAGGCAAGUUGAUCAUUUUUAACCGAUUAGAAAACAUACAAAAAACAAAUCAAACUAAAAUAGUGCUAAACUAAACUAAACUAACUAAACUUAGGUGUAGCGUGUUGUGUGUGAUCGUUUGAAGAUAAGAGCGUGCAAGGGAAGUUCGAAUGGAAAGGUUCUGUAAGGGUCAGUGUGCUGUGUUAAAUAAUACUACUGCUAAAAGUCGACACACAAGUAAAUGCUAAAAAUGACAAAAAACUCUACAAAAAAGCCUUAAAAUAGUAACGCGUAUGGUCGGGUUCCUCCACCAAGAUUUAAGUUUGAAACAAUAAGCAAUGGAUUAAGUAAAAGGGGAGGAAAUAAUACGAAAGCCCUGUUUUCUUUUGUUUUUUUUUUUUUAGUUAGCUAGCUAAGGGUGAAGAAACAACAAAUGCGACAAGUAACUUAAACAAUAAUUAAGUGACCUCUCCCACCCCGUUCAAGAUCAGGUUAUAACAGACAAGAGAGAGCGAGAGACAGGUUUGUGGCGUGCGCGCGUUUAAAGUCUAAAAAAAGAAGCGUGAAUUUUCCCUAUUGCUUCCCGAAUGGUCAACAGGUAUCGAAUACCACCCGCGUGAAAAUGGGUGUUGAUGUUAGAUAUUUGUUGUGUUUUUUUUGUUCUUUAAUUUAGUCCUUUCGAUGUCUUUUAAAAGUAAUUCUGUACGUACACAUUCUCCUCUAGGUUCCUCUAAUACUGUGAAAAGCUUCCUAUUGUUUCCUUUCACCCUUCCUAGCCCUGCACCUACGGUGCAUCCUUUUGUGAUCUACUACCGUUAAACGAUGUGUACUUCCCAUAUCUUUUACCAAGUGAUUCACUUUUCCUUUUUGUUGCGCGCUCGUGGAAUUCGUUCCAUUUUUAAGUAUGUUUUGUUCGAACAUUAGGUCUAUCGUAUUUUUGUUUCUCUCUUUGUGUAAUGUUUUUUUUUAUAAUGUGUAACAGUGUUUUUUUUUGUGAACUGAACCGAGGUUAGGGAAAAAUAUGUAACAGCCGAAGCAAAAUAAUUGCAAGAAUGAGUACGUGUGUGCGUGUGUGUGCUACCCGAAAGAUCCUAUAAGGAAAACCAGAGUUCGUUAUUCUUAGCGCGCUACAGUUGGCGUAUAUAUAAUUUUAUGUCCCCCGCUUUAUGAUUAUUUGCUUAACUUUUUUUUAUCUUCUGACUGUGUAAUUUGCUAUCUUUUCAUUGUCCCAUAAUUGCAUAAAUAUAUAUCAUUAUAAUUGAAGCAUAUACGUAUAUAAUGCUCGAUAUUGUA